GUGAAGUAAAGGCUUAUUAUAUUAAGUCUGUGAGUCUGUUCCUCAUUACGCAUUUCACGAUGAACAGAGAACAUGCAUCUACCCACCUCACAAUCUCCGACACGACAUUGACGAGUUCGCCAUCAGUGCUGAAGGAAGACGGGCUAAAGAUGAAGGAGAACACGGACCGUCGGGAUGGAGGAAGCCCAAUAGAACAGACACAGCUUUCUUCCCCGAACGACGGAGGGGACAAACCCGCUAAACAAAAGCGACAUCGAACCCGGUUCACUCCAGCACAGCUCAACGAGCUUGAACGAAGCUUCGCGAAAACGCACUAUCCAGAUAUCUUCAUGCGAGAAGAGUUGGCUCUCCGAAUCGGACUCACGGAAUCUCGUGUGCAGGUCUGGUUCCAGAACCGCCGGGCCAAAUGGAAGAAGAGGAAGAAGGCCACAAACGUGUUCCGUACCCCUGGUGCUCUGUUACCAUCAACAGGAUUAUCUCCCUUUGGUACAAUGGGAGACUCUCUCUGCGCUUUCCCACCUUCGGAGAGCCGAUGGGGGAUGUCCCAAAUCGGCAGCCAUAUGAAUGGCAACGUCAACCAUCUUGCUUUGUCAGCAACGUUGCCACGACAAGUCACAGCGCAGUCGCUAUCGUCACAGGUACCAAUGGGUCUUUGCAACCCGUCAGUGUCCCUUGGCAACGGCUUAACAGUAUCAAAUGGAAGUCCUAUCUAUAACACUUCUUACGGAAUGGCGGCAUCAUCGUGUGCCUCGCCCCUGACCGGAAACUCUCCAUCCCCUUCCCUCCCCUCAUCCCAGAUGACUUGUGGCAUGCCUGAUAUUGAUGAUGCUUGGAGGGGGACAAGCAUCGCUCAACUGAGACGGAAGGCUCUAGAACACACGGCUUCAAUUACAGGGUUCCGCUGACAAUGAACAGGCAGCAGAGAUGACAAAAAUAUUGGUGUAGAUCCAAAACGGCUCAGCCUUCAUCUAGUGAUGGUCCAACUGGAAUCGAGUUGUUACCGUAAAUCUCACAUCCUCUGCCGCGGAGAUCGGGCUUGGUCCACAAGUAGACAUUCCAUAUGUAAAACUAGUGACGCGCGGUACCCACGAUCUUGUGGAUGAGUCGUAUAAGUGCUGUUCGAACUAUGUUGUUUGUACAAGUUGUACCAGUAUUUAGUUCUGUUUAAACUUGUGACUGUUGUGCUUAGAUCAUCGUCUCUUAUCAAGGGAGAAAAGUUGGACAUGAGUAGAAGUCCCAACUACAGAAGCACGUUCCGUAGUUAAAUUUGAAUUUAAUUUGCUACUUCCUAUGGUCGCGGUCGUAUCGUAUUUCAGUAGGUUGUUUUUUUAUAUUUAUCUACAGUUUUUGAAAAUCGAAUUUAGAAGCAAUAUAUAAGAUCGAUGGAAAUAAAUUUUAAAAUCAUCAUCAUCAUCAUCCCUCAAAUUUGUGCGUCACGGUCUUGUAAAGCGAAACUAUGUCUAAAAGUACUUUAUCACCAUCUAUACAAGGAGAUAACAUUGCAUUCCAAAACAUCGUUGUACAAUUUGAAACCAACAUUUUUUUUAUCGAUUAUGACGUAAGGAAGUAUUGCGGGGUUUUAUAACACAUACAUUUUAAAGGUCGGCGUAUCUAGUCAUGUCAUCUUAUUAAAGUUGUAUAAAAUGUUGUUUACAUACUUAUGUAUAUGUCGUUUAUUUAUUAUACAGAUACUAAUUUAAAUAUAAUAAGCAUCAUGGAUCAUGUAUGUUUACAGCUUGUAUAGAAGUACUAUUUAUUGAAACAUUCCAAACAUGGAAUAAAAAUACAUAAAAUAGCAAACUGUUG